AUGGCAUCGAGUAUGGAAUCGCCGCUGCCCCACGAUGUGGUGGAGCUCAUCAUGGAGAGACUUCCGGCGAAAUCUCUGAUGAGGUUCAUGGCUGUAUCAAAUCAAUGGAAAUCAACAAUCGAAUCACCCUUCUUCCAAGAGAGACAGUUGAAGCAUCGUCAGCAAUCAGGAGAUCCAGAUGUUCUCAUGGUGUCAAUACAUAUUGGCACGGUCAUGGAAACUGCAAGGACACUUGUGUUGGGUUCGUCCUCAUCGGUCAAGAUCCCUACUCCUUGGGACAAGUCACACUUGGUUUGUCAGAGUAGCUGUGACGGUCUCGUUUGCCUCUACAAUACACACGUCGAGUCCGAACCCGGGUUUGUGUUCAAUCCCACCACUAGAUGGCAUCGGAGUCUUCCUCUCUGCGAGUUACAACAACUCAUUAUCAGCUUAGGAAACAGUUACUACAGGCUUAGACACGGAAUGUGUCACUUUGGAUUCGGUAAAGACAAAUUUACGGGCACAUACAAGCCCGUUUGCCUCUACAACUCUUCAGAAAUAGGCCGAGAAGACGCUACUACAUGCGAAGUUUUCGACUUUAGCACCGACUCUUGGAGGUAUGUCACUCCCUCUGCUCCUUAUCGGAUUAUAACCUUACCCGAUCCCGCCUAUGUAGAUGGGUCGCUUUACUGGUUCACAGAGUGUGAAGAAACUAAAGUUGUAUCUUUCGAUCUUCACACGGAAACUUUUCAAGUCGUCGCUAAAGCUCCCUUUGCCGAUGCACCGGUUCAGGAGAUAGUCAUGUGCGACCUCAACAACCGUUUGUGUGUAUCCCUAAAGAAGGGCUCCAACCAAGUGAUAUGGUCGUUCAAUUCAGGCAACAAGACAUGGGACACAAUGUGUUCCAUAGAUCUCGGUUUUGUUUCUUCCUUGUUUGUUAUACCACCGAUAGUAUGCGCUCUCCGGCCCCUGUCACUUUUGGAUGGGGAGAAGAAGCACUGUGUGUCACAUGAAGCACUGAUGACAUAUGAUCUUGAAACCAAAUCAUAUGACUCUGCUUUCUCUGCUGAUUCCAUCGGGAAUCCUCUCUGUUAUUUCCCCAGUUUAUUCUCUGUUUCAUAA